UAAUUGGAAUUGCAUCAGUAAUCAGUUGAAGGAAUUGAAGUAGCUAGCUAGGUACGUACAGUACUCCGAUCCAAGCUAGCAAGCUAAGAAAUUAAUUAAUUAAAGCGAUUGAGCAUAUAUAUAUGUUAUGUCGUCAUCUGCAGAAGAUGAAGAUUGGGUGAUAAAGAUAAACAAUGAAGCGGCAAGACGCAGAGAUUCAGAUGUUAUUGCGGAAAUGGAGCAGUGGAAGAAGCGGUCCAUCUAUCGAAUCCCUGCGUCCUUCACCGACGUAAACAAGAAAGCAUACAAGCCACAGGCGGUCUCUUUUGGGCCUUAUCAUCACGGCGAGGAACAUUUAAAGGCUAUGGAGGUGCACAAGCACAGGGCAUUGGUUCGGUUCCUUAGAAGGUCAGGAAAACCACUGGAGCAUUACCUUCACGCUCUGGAGCCCCUGGUGCAAGAUCUAAAAGACGCCUACGAUACAACAACGCUCCCGGGCUGCAGCUGGCAACAACAGGUAGAAGAAGAUCAUGAGAGGAUUUCCGCCCAAUUCCUGCAACUCAUGAUUCUGGAUGGAUGUUUCAUGCUGGAAAUCUUGCGAACUGGAUCGGGUUCACCUAAGUAUUGUCUAGGAAAGGAUGACUACGCCCCGAAUGACCCUGUUUUCAGUGAUCAUGGAAAGCUGUACCUGAUUCCACACCUCAGGCGCGACAUGCUGGUGCUUCAGAAUCAGUUGCCCAUGCUUCUUCUUUAUACUCUGCAUGCCGUCGCUAACAACCAGGUUGAUGUUGUAGAAGAAGAAGCCGUGGAAUUUAUCAAUGACCUCGUCAUCAAAAUAUGGAAUCCCAAUAACUCUGAUCCUAAGAAAAACUUGGGGAAAUGCCUGCACGUGCUGGACUUGUAUCGGAAGAACUUGCUUUGGGAGCCAGCCAACAAGUAUUCCCGUAAGCGGCAGCAGCACGUGAAUAAAAGGAGAGGAGCUCGAGAAGCUGCCCGUCGUCGACGUCGCAAUGCUAGAGGCGGCGACGGCGAUGACCAGAUUAUCCGAUCCGCGACGGAGCUUUACGAAGCGGGCAUCCGAUUCAAGAAGAGCAAAACGCAAAGCCUUACCGACAUCUCAUUCCGGUGGGGAGUACUGAGGCUUCCUCCCAUUACGGUGGACGAUACCAGCGAAUCCAUGUUCCUAAACCUAAUAGCUUUCGAGAGAUCCCACGUUGGGGCAGGAAACGAGGUCACCUCAUACAUCUUUUUCAUGGAUAACAUCAUUGACAGCAGCAAGGAUGUUAGCCUCCUCCACUCCUCCGGAAUAAUCCAAAACGCGAUUGGAAGUGACAAAGCCGUAGCCAAAUUGUUCAACUCCCUGUCCAAAGAUAUAACCUUGGAUCCAGACAGCAGCCUCGAUGUAGUCCAGAAUGAGGUGAGUCACUAUUGCCAGAAAGCAUGGAACGAGUGGCGAGCAAAUCUCAUUCAUACCUACUUCAGGAGUCCAUGGGCUAUACUCUCCGUCAUUGCUGCCAUUUUCCUCUUCGCCCUCACCAUUGUUCAGACCGUCUAUACCGUUUUACCCUACUACACCAACUCCAAUUCUUAAUUAAUAUAAUUAAACUGCAACAAACGAGCUGAUCGAUCCAGUGUUUAAUUUCAAUUCCAUCCCUACAACGUAACUAGGAUUAUUCAUACUUUAACCUUCCUUCAUUCCAUGUUCAGCUUUUUUUUUUUUUUUUUUUUUUUUUGUUGUUGUUGUUUGAGACGAAAUAUGUUUUUUUUUCCCUUAAUUAUUGAUUUUUUGUGUUUUAGAUUGAGUGAUUAUCAUUUUGUGUUUUUGAAAAGCAAAUGCAAGUGCCUGUGCUUCAAUCUCCUUCAGUGUACUGUUUGCGUAUAAUAAUAUACAGUCCA